AUGGGUACCGGCACGGCAGCUGAACGAUGCUCGGCGUUAGAGGCAGCGUUCGAGGAGAUGCAGGCAGGAAUCGCGACCAAUACGGAGAAUAUCGCGAAUCUGACGGCGGAGGUCACCGCCCAAGGGGCGCGCAUGACUAGGAUCGAGGCCAUGAUGGAGACGGUGCUGGCCAAGCUCGACGCGUGGAUUCCGCAGCGGGAGGGCAAAGGGGCGGCGGGCAAUGGUAGCGAUGAGGAGAGCUCGGAGGAGAAGGAGGGAGAGAAGAGUACGACCGGGAUGAAGAUUGGUGAAAGGAGCACGACUGGGCCAAAGACCGGCGAGAAGGGCGAGUCCAAGUCCAAGUUCGACGACGGCAGCGGCGCGCGGCACCGCGACUCGGCCGUGCAGGGGAGCUUCGGCGUCAGACACGUACUAUGCGACAGGAUUUCUACACCGUAG